AAAAAUCAUAGAGUACAACAAAAAGCAUGAAAAAGCUUACAAAAAUGUUCCAAAUAAUACAGUGAAAAUUUGUUAAAACUUCCCUAACCCUAACAACAACAUAUUUGCGUUUAGCACUCAUCGUCAAGCUUUUAAAAAUAAAUAUGAAUGCGACGUAAUAAACUAUUUUUUUUGAUCGGUGUGUAUAAAAAUGGAUGCUUCAGCAUCACCCACCAUUGAUGCAAAUUUGAAUGGGGUUUACGGGAUUAUCUUGCAUAUUGAAAAUUCUCCAUUUCCCAUUGCCACAAAGAACAAGAAUACGGUGAUAAAGUACACCAAACUCCCAAAUUUUGACAUAGAUUCUGCAGCGAGGGAGAGGAAAAAAUGUAAUAAAGCAUCAGAAGCCAAACAUAAAAAUGAUGAACAGAUAAUACAGCUAAAUACAUAUAGAUCCCCAAAUUCUUAUAAUUCAAGAGACAGGAAAAGGUUGUAUAAUAUUAAAACGCCAAAUAAAGAUUCUGAAUUUAAAGCGAAAAAUGAUGAUGAGGUGUCCCAAAAAUCUGUGUCUAGAUUAUCAAGUUAUUCAAAAUAUUCUAAGGAAAGUAAAUCAAGUGCCAAAAAUAUUAUUACUAACAGGAAAGAUUUGAAUGUUUCAAAAGUAAACUUUAAAAGUAAUUAUACUAAUUUGAAUAAACCGUCUGUAGACGUUUCUAAAACACGUCCAGUGAAAGAUUCAUUUAGGUCAAAAAGUGGGAAAAUGCCUUCAAAAAUUAGUCUAAGUAAAAAUCAAGAAACUUCAAGAGAAAGUGAUUUAGUAAACAAAAAUAAAUUUAUAGAAAAUGUGAAAACCAAUAAUAAUUAUAAAACAUCAGUAGAGAAAGCCCCACCAGCAAAAUUAAGAACUAAAUCACCUACACGUACUGCAACAUUUUUAAAAGAGAUUGGGAAACACAAACCUGUUACAGUAAUACAUGUUCCACUUGAUGCUCAGUAUCUUAAAGAUUCUAUUCAUGAAAGUGAGUCCCAAAAUUCUAUAAAUAUUCCUAUGAUUGAGGAGUCGUUGGGCAAAAUAGAUUGUAGUACAGAAAUAGAAAAAGAUUAUUUUUCAAAUGAUGUAACUAUAGCCACUUGUUUGCUGGUAAAUACCGAAGACAAAGAGACCCAAAUGGCAAAAGAAUCUCAAAUCGAGAAAGAAAAAGAUGUAUUAUAUAAGUGUGUUGAAACACGUAAUCUUCAGACUGACUUUAUUGAAGAAAUUUUUGAUAGUCUUGCUGUACCAAAUGUUACAUUAACGAAAGAUAAGAGUGGCGCCAAAGAAGAGUUUGUUGAUUUUCAUAGUAAAUCAUUACCAAAUCUUCAUGUUCCAUCACUGAAGAUCACAUCAAAUAAGGAUGAAGGCAUCAAGGAUCCCAACUUUUGUAAAGGUUCCUAUUUUAUUGGUCAUGCAACUGUGACAUGCACAACCAGGCAAAAGAUAAACUUUCAUGUUGUCGGUAAUAAUAGUGAAACAAUUUCUAAUCAGUCUCCUAGUCCAUUAGCGUAUCCUAUAAAUGUGGUAUCAAUAUUUGAAAAGGAAAUGAAACGACAGAAACAACACGAUAGUUCAUUUGACCAGCGUAAUGCAAACAUAGAGUACACUAAAUGCUUAAACGAGCUACAAACUCUUAAUUGUUCCUAUGUACUUAAUAGUAAUAAAUUGGUGAAACCGUCAGACAUCAUCAGUACAAUAAAAAUUAACAACGGUCUAUUACAAAACGAAUACAUUUGUGAACAGUUUCAAAGGGAACUUAAUUUUAUUGAUUCAUUUUUUGAAUCAUUGCAAUACCUAGAGAGUUGUUCUUUAACAGACACCUGUUUCUCUGAUAAAAAAGUUGAGAGUUUGAUAAACAAUCCUGAAUUUGGUGUGAAUCAUUUGGAAUAUGGCUCUUUCGUUUCAAAACUUGAAAACGGCGCAAAUGUUGAUGAUUGUGAAACAAUGGCAUCCAAGAGUCUUUGUCUGCUCAACCUGCUCAUUCGUGAUGAACAAAGGCGAGCGAAAAAUUUAUUAUUCGUAUUAAAAAUGAGAGAAGAUGCUCUCAAAGAUUUUACCAAAUCUCAAAUAUUGUGGUUAGAAAACAAGAAGAAACAGGAAAAUACAGAUAUUUCAACUUUGAAAAAGAAACAACGUGGUGCACUUCUCAAAUUGCAACAUGAAUGUGGGGAAAUGCAACGUAUGCGGAAAGCACUGCUGACUCAGUCCGAAAAACGUAAAAUGGCUCUUUUGAAAACAAAGAAAAAUAUUGAGCUCAAAUUGAAAACUAAUGUGGAUGUUGAUCAAAUCAUAUUGGGAAAGAAAAAGCUAAAAAGAAACGUAGCCGACCGCAAUACAACACCAUUAAAAUGUUUUGAUCUAUCCAGCAGCGGCUGUGAAGACAGUUCAGCAUCAAGACAGAAGUCUGAUAUACAACUGACUGAAACACUUGCCACUAUCAACAUAACCAGUGCCGAGAAAUGUAUCCAAACUUGUGAAGGUAAAUUGGUUGCCACUCAAUCCACUGACACUGCAGCCGAAAAUUUUGUAAUGGUCGACGGAGGUUAUUUAAACAUAUUAUUCCAUAAUUUAUCAGUACCUGAAAUAUUUAGUAGCAACAAACAGUAUGAAGUCAACGAAGAAGCUCUCAGGAAUAUUGUUAAUUCGACUAACACUAACCAUAGUGUGAAUGAAACAGAUGUAGAAAGAUUUAUAAAUCAAAUUAAAAAUGCAGAUUUGGAGUGUAGCAGUCCAUCUACCGCUCGAAGCCUUGUUGAAGAAUUAGACCAAUAUUAUAAAGGACUUGUUGAUGAAAAGUUAAUGCAAUCUCCUAUUAAUGACGCUUGUUUGACUACAGUGGGAAUGGAAACAUCGUUCGAUUGUAAGCUAGAGCAAACUGAAAUCACUAGUCACAGUUUGCCUACAGUGAUAAGUGAUAAUAGAGUGACAACAUCGAAUGAUCGGUUGUGUCGGCUUAUGGAAGAACCUGUGUGUAUUCAUGAUUUGACUAGCGAAACUGACUUGUGUUUCGAAAAGGAAAUGGUGAUGGUAGCCCCAACAGGGCCACUACCCGUGCCGGCGGGCGCAGCGGCUGGUAAUGACAACCAGGGUGUGGACUUAUCGUUAUGGGGAACCGCAGAUACAUCAUCUUCUUCUCUCUCAGAUGCGUCUAGUGUUAGUAGUCAGCCUAUCUGUGCAAGCAGAACUUCUGUGUCUGUAACAUCCCAAUCUGAAGCCGAAGAGUUGCGCAGGCAACAGUUGGCCAUCGAAAGAGAGAUUAAGGUAUUGGAACAACAACAAAAUCAAUUGCUCGUCGUCAGAGAGAUACCUGAUAAACCACCGCCGCCAUACACGCCGCCAGCUGAUUCUCGGGGGGCCCAUACGCCCCGCAAAUAUGUAGCGGACGAGACGACAGAAGAAAAAAUACAGAAAUACAUGAAAGAUCCGAACACUGAAUUGUGUGACCCCACCGACGCAUUCGACACCCUCGUCAAAGACUUCUGCAUAGAGACAUUAGAAAAACAAACGCUGGAACGCAGUGAUAAACCUUGGGACGCCUGUAAUCUAUUACCGCAAAAACCACCUGAAGAUACUGAGAAACUUAUAAGGAAGACUUCGUCUAACCUGCUUGAUAUAUUAACGGGUGUCGGACCUGUUAUUGUUUCAGGUGUGAGUUCCAGGCGCUCUGAUCACAUUGAUGAUGUUUUGUUUGCGGAAUGGCGACGCUGCGAGCCCGAGUGGACGUCGCUCCAAUCAGACGAGGCGUUCGUCAAAAACCAAAUUUUCGAAGGCAUCUUCCAAAAAAUACUCACCGAGACCAUAGACGAAUACAAACGGACAGUACUUUGUGACGAAUAG